GAUUACUAUCUAAAACUUCAUAGCAUACAGUUCAACUACUCGGUCUCCAUAGCCACAGAAAAUGGAAGAGCCAGUACUACUCUACACAACUCUCGCCCUCACCAUUGUCGUUUUGGUACUAAAACUCUUCUUCCAAACCCAAAAACGACAAUACAAAAACCUCCCACCAACCCCACCUUCUCUCCCACUCUUCGGCCACCUCCAUCUCAUAAAACUACCGGUCCACAGGUGUUUCCGCCAGCUCGCAGCAAAAUACGGCACCGUUUUCUCCCUCUGGUUCGGUCCCAAUCGCGUUAUCGUCGUAUCAUCACAUUCAGCCGCCGAAGAAUGCUUCACCAAAAACGACGUCGUUCUCGCCAACCGUGCACGUUCUUUGAUUGGGAAGUACCUCGGCUAUAACUACACCACAAUGAUAUCAGCCUCCUACGGCGACCACUGGCGCAACCUCCGCCGCAUCGGCUCCAUCGAGAUCUUCUCGGCGAGCCGGCUCAAGUCAUGCCUGGACACGCGUAGGGACGAGAUCAAGCGAUUGCUUUCUACUCUCGCUCGGAAUUCGCUCCGUGGGACCGAUCAUAACCAGUUUGAUUUCGCCAAGGUGGAGAUGAAGACGUUGUUCUCGAAUUUGGCUUUCAACAUCAUAAUGAGAAUGGUGGCCGGGAAACGGUUUUACGGCGACGACGUGGCUGACCAAGAGGAAGCCAAGCUGUUCAGGCAGAUUAGGGACGAGGCGAUCCCCAGUGGCGGUGUGGCCAACCCCACCGAGUUCUUACCGGCUGCCUUGAAAUGGUUGGGAAAGGGUCAUGAGAUGAAGGCGAAAAGGGCUGCUAAGAAAAUGGAUGUGUUCUUACAACGACUCGUCGAUGAGCGUCGGAGUAUGAAAUCAGACACUACCAUGAUCGACCACUUGCUUGCUUUGCAGAAGACUGAUCCUGAAUACUAUACCGAUGAAAUCAUCAAAGGCUUCAUAGUGAUCCUAUUAUCAGCUGGGACGGACACAUCAUCGGGAACAUUAGAAUGGGCACUAUCGAAUCUGCUUAACCAUCCUGAAAUCUUGAAAAAGGCAAAAGCUGAAAUCGACAAACAAAUUGGUGAACAACAAUUGAUAGAGGAACAAGAUCUUUCCAAACUACCAUACCUUCACAACAUCAUCUCGGAAACCCUACGCCUGUUCCCAGCUGCUCCAAUGCUCUUACCUCACUUGGCAUCAGAAGAUUGCACUGUCGAGGGAUACGAUAUUCCACGUGACACAAUGGUGUUGGUCAAUGUGUGGGCCAUACACAGAGACCCCAAGCUAUGGGAUGAUGAUGCCGAGAGCUUUAAACCAGAAAGAUUUGAGAGCAGUGACUGUAACAAGCACUUAAUGUCAUUUGGAUUAGGAAGAAGAGCUUGUCCUGGAAAUGGCUUAGCUCAACGUGUAGUGGGCUUGACUUUAGGGUCUUUGAUUCAGUGUUUUAAGUGGGAAAGAAUUGGUGAGGAAAAAGUCGAUAUGACUGAAGGUAAGUUUACUACAAUGCCCAAAGCUGUGCCACUGGAAGCUAUGUGCAAAGCUCGACCCAUUAUGAACUCAGUUAUCUUAGGUUCGCAUAUUGAUAGUUAAUUGGCCAAUUAGAGAAGUAAUAAAGUGCUCAUGGAAUGUUGUCACAUUUUGUAUUAUAAUGUCUUUUAUUUGAGUCUUUGAGUUCUUGCACUGUACAAAUGGAUGUGAUGAUCAGAUUAUUGUGUUUUUUUGUGUGACAAUUUUGAUAUUAAGUCGGAUAUUUCAAAUUA